GGAUGACCCCUUUGCCAGAGCAGGUCGAGUGCAUUUCGUGCUAGGAGUCAGUGCGGGUUUUGAUUUUGAUUCGAGCUGGGGUAUAAAUACAGUAGCAUCCCGGGCAAUUUUGAAGAAAUUUUAGGUAACCUUGAGAUGGCCAACAAAGCAUUCCGUGCUGUGUUUGCAGCUGUACUGCUGUUGUGUCUGCACGAAGUUCAUGGACUUCGUUUGGCGGAACAAAAAUGUCAGGAGUAUCGGAAGAUCGUUUCCUCUUUAAAGCCCAAGGUGACAGGUAGGACGAACGACUACAAAACACCUCCGAACGGAACGCCAGCAAAGGACGGCGAAUUCCCUCAUCAGGUGCGCGUCGGUCAAUGGUUCUACGAGGACGAAGACGAUACGGCCUUCAUUUUGCGGUGCAGUGGCGCACUGAUUAGUGAUCGCUACGUACUCGUAUCGGGCCACUGUUUCUGGACGAUGGGUGACAAAACGGUAUCGCUCGGACGCCACGAUUACACACGCAACUCAUCCCUUCCGGAGCUAUUGAUUGAAAGGGACGAUCUGGUUCUGCAUCCAUCCUUUGACGAGCUAACGAAGGCAUCGUACAACGACAUUGGUUUGCUUCGCCUUAACGAACCAGUCACCUUUACCUCGCACAUCUAUCCGGCCUGUCUGUGGACGGAGGACGACACGCAACUACCGCAAAAGUUUACAGUAACAGGGUUUACGACUGGCAAGUUGGUGAACGACACUCAGGAUACGCGUUUGGUUAAGGUACAGAUGAGCAGCGUUCCGAAUGAACGAUGUACACAGGAGUAUGCUGGUACCGACUACUACCCGCAGGGAGUCACUGACGCAUUGCUCUGCCUGGAGUCUCCCGUAGAAUGGAAAGCAUCGUGCGAAGGAGACGGUGGUGGCCUGGUGCAAACGCUCGAUGGCGAGCUGUAUAGGCUUAUCGGUCUCGAAGCCAAGGGUCACGAGUGUGAUGAGCUGCACCAGAAGUAUACCUACACCAAGGUACAGAAGCAGCUGGAUUGGAUCGAGCGCGUCGUUUGGGGUUCGUAAGGUCUUGGCUGAUGCUCUGUAAACAACGCUUGAUGUUAAUAAAACGAUUUGUCCGGGGAACGACACGCAUAGGAAGGGGCAAACAGAAUGACACACAAA